UGCAAAACCCUAAACCCUGCAGCAUGAGCUUUAUAAUCCAUUGUUGCGCCCCUUUUGUUCAUCAUUUCAAGCUUCAACCUCAGGCUCGAGCCGAAGGCAGAGAAAGUAGUAUGAAGAUGAGAAAUCCAAAAGUUUUCUUUGAUAUUGUAAUUGGAAGGAUGAAAGCUGGGCGAGUAGUGAUGGAGUUGUCUGCUGAUGUCACCCCAAAAACAGCCGAAAACUUCAGAGCUCUCUGCACCGGGGAAAAGGGGAUUGGGAGAGCUGGGAAACCCGUACACUUCAAAGGAUCCACAUUUCAUCGUAUUAUUCCGGGAUUCAUGUGUCAGGGUGGAGAUUUUACCAGGGGGAAUGGGACUGGGGGAGAGUCCAUUUAUGGUUCCAAAUUUGAAGAUGAAAACUUCCAGUUGAAGCAUACUGGCCCAGGCAUUCUUUCCAUGGCUAAUGCUGGGCCCCAUACAAAUGGUUCUCAGUUCUUCAUAUGCACUGCAAUUACACCGUGGCUUGAUGGAAAACAUGUAGUGUUUGGAAAAGUUGUAGAUGGUUUCAAUGUAGUGAAGAAGAUGGAGCAAGUGGGUUCGGGAAGUGGUCAGACGUCGGAAAUUGUGGUAAUAGAAGAUUGUGGGCAGAUAGCAGAUAACUAAAGCAAAGAUCUAUGUAAUCUUUGGUGCAAGGAUGUGUCAUGAGAUGUUAAAUUCAUAUAUGUUACUGUUCAGUGUGAAUGACUUCUUAAGAGAGUAUAAUAAAU